AUGGUUGGAGGACGGACUAAAGACAAGGACUGUGGAUUUGACCAUCAUCGCGGUGAACACAGUAGCGAUGACCUGCGUCCUCCGCAGCACGACUUCAGCAUCUUCUCAUUUGAAGCACAGGUCAUUGGAGUGGAAUAUGGCACGGAUCUAGACAGGCGGGAAAAUGUUGCCGGUACGCAAGUGCCGCCGAAAUGGUGUGACGCGUUCUCUGCUGCCAACGCGAAAGUCUUCGGUGCUCAUGGAGGCACAAACGUCUACACCCUGAUGCAGCCUCCACCUUUAAAGGAAAUUUGUUCAUGA